GUGUACAAGUGCGUGUGUGUUGUGCAGUCGUUUAUAGAUAAGAACAGUAAACAAUUUUUGAUCUUCGUCAAACAUUUUUUUUUAUUUUUCGUACUGCAGUCAGCAAUAAGCGUUCUGUACGAUCAGUUCGAAUCACAAUAUAAAAGUAAUAAUUAUGGUCGGCACUCGUUCAUCGUUAUUUUGUCUGCUCUGUACGGUCCUGAUUUUUCCCCUCGGCGAUUCAAACGCGUUAAGCAAAUUUGGAAAUCAACAACAAAAAAAUUCCCACGAACUCGGACUUGGAGCGAAUGUCGUGGGCCAUGUAGUUAACGGCGAUGAAACAGAAGAAUAUCCAUUUAAAAAGGCAUACUAUUCGUAUAAAAUACAAUCGAAUGAGUUGUUAAAAGAUGUACGAUUAGACCCGCCAAUCGAUUAUGUAACACCUAAAGGAUACAGUUUAGUGUUGGAACCGAUUGUUCAUUUUUGUCAACAUGUAGAUGACAGUAUUAUACAGAAAUUUUCUGCAUUCGGAUCGAAAGACAAGGUGUACAUCAACAUCGACGACGAUUUAAGAGAUAUAUCAACCAAUGAUUCAACUAUUGUGUAUAAACUCAAGGCAAUAAACAAUGUUAAUUUGACUACGGUUGGUGGUUCUACUACUGUACUCAUCAGAAUUGUUGAAUUUUUACCCAUGCCUGACACCGUACUAGCGUUUGAAGAACCUAGUUAUUCUUUAAAUAUGGCUUAUGGUCACAAAGGCAAAGUUUUUAAAUUUAAGACCAUAAAAACCACACACAAAGCAAAAGAAAAAAACACGGAUUUGGAAUUUGAAAAACAACCGGAAAACGAUAAAUAUUUUUCAAAAAACGAAUACUCUUUCAGGGGAAAUUACAGUUUGGAAUACGUACCUGAACCACUUUUAACAAAACUGAGAGUUAAUGAUGACGGCGAAUUAGAGGUGUUGGGAAGUAUCGAUGAAGGAUAUCACAGUUUUGACGUCGUAGCAGUGGAUUAUGGUCCUAAUUCUACUACUAUUUUAAAAGCUAGGUCCAAAGUCUACAUGUUUAUCGACAAUAUAGCGGCGUGUAGUUCAGACAUGUCUAAAUUCAUUAGAGCUUUUAGUAAACACUAUAUAACCGAAGAAACUAAGCUAAUAACAGCUGUUCCGGGAACUGAAUCGAGCGGACAAUGUAUAUUUUCGAUAACACAUCAAUUUCCGUUUGGUGUGGGCGCGGACUUCUUCACCAUCGACAAGAAAUCGGGUGCUGUGCACGUGAAAAAUCCCAUCGAUCGCGAGGCGUACUCGUUCGAAGACAUGGAAGAACCGUCCGUGUACCUGAAGUUAAAGAUUCACUGUCCUCCGAUGGACACUGUACCCGCCACCCAGCCACUACACCUGUCCGACGUGGACAACAUCGUCUACGAUCCGACUACCACGUUGGUGCAGUUGGUCAUCGUCGACACCAACGACAACGUGCCGGUGUUCGCCGACAAGCACAUAAUAGUCGGGUAUCCCGUGCUGGACGUGGCCAACACCAUUAUUCCCAAACACCUACUGCAGGUCAAGGCGACAGACAAGGACGCGGGAAAGCACGGAAAAAUACAAUACUCGCUGAGAGGAGACGACGCUAACGACUUUAUCAUAAACUCGGAGACAGGAAUAAUAUAUUGUAUGAGUUUGGUGGACGAUAGCACUGCGAACAAAACAUUCGAGGUGGUGGCCAAGGACAACGACGGCAAAUCCGACGGAUCAGAAUCUACAAUGACUAUUACCGUGAAGUACUUAACGUUCUCGGACGUUGUCCGGGUGAGCGUCCAGUUCAGCUCCACCGAAGACCCCGCGGCUAUCGAAUCCCAACUGUCCGAAAUAUCAGGAGUCAGAAUUAUGUCGCUCACCAACGACGUGAUCAACACGUUUACGGGCGGACAGUGGCGCGCCGAGAGGCUGUUGACUGUUUACGGGGUGAACAACACGGAUGGUUCGGUGGUGUCGGCGUCGGAAUUAGAAAAGAAUUUAGAACACAACACCAAAGUGUUGGGUAUCAUGAAAUUAUACAAUACAAAUUCCGACGGCGAGACGAGCACCGUGAUGUCCUUAGUGUACGCAGCGAUGUUUUUCUUGAUGCUGUCCAUGGUAGCCGUGGGGCUCCUAUAUUUUGGAUACGUCAAGAACGGCCGUUAUUUGUCGUGCAUUUCCAGUCCGUCCACGACGCCGCUGAAAGACGAUAUCGAAAACAUGAGUCAGAGCAACUGGAUUACGACUUUCAACAGAACCAAUCUAACGUCUAACAGAGUGCGAUUCCCUGGAAAUAUUAACUCCCAGACGGUGCCGUGCAGAUCCAAAAUCACGGACAACGCGACAGUCGUCGUGGAGAACAGCCUGUACGAGGCCAUACCGCCUAAAGGAACCGCCGUCUUGGCCGUGAAUAAUAAUUCCUCGAUUAUUAAGCUUGAUUCUAAGGUCUCCUUCGAAGACGACUUGAUAAAGUUAGAAAAAAUGGACGAGGCGUUUUCGCCCACGGACGACUUAUCUUUUAACUAUUAAGUUUUGACUUCCGGCGGUAAAAAAAUCACUUUAGUCUAUACUGAUAUCAGUUCCGGUUCGACGUUUACAUUUUUUGUCCGGAUAAGCACACUUCGUACACACACUUCUAUAUAAUAUCUACAUAUUAUUACCUAUUAUAUACCUGUUAAUAUGAUAAUUGUAUAUUAUUUUUAAAACACGUUUACAAGACCUUACAAUACUUUUAUGUUUGCACAUGUUUUAGUCGUUCAAAAGUCACCUUGAAUAUUGAUAAGUCCUUGCCCAAUACUAUUUUAUGUUUACUCGGAAGCUCAUUCAAUUUUAUUAAACCGUAUACAAUAUCGAUAGCGUUAAAAACCGUUACACUUUUUUUGCAAAUAGGAGUGGUAAUUUUUUCGAUGAUAUUAAUACGAACCUGUUAUUAAAUUCAACGAUUCGCCAAUUUCAAAAGCGCUUACCGAUCACCUUGUAACACAUUUAUAAUACCGAUGCGGAAUUUAAUUAAGAUAAUAGCCCGUAUACACAAACACUAGUAAAAUCAUUUAUUGUGCGCAUGUAUGUAUAUUAGUAUGUGUUUGUGUGUGCAUGUGCAUAGAUCAAUUUUUAAUUAUGAUUAGUUGUGUAAUUUUGAAAUGUCAAUUUACCAUGAAAAAAUCUGCUGCUCGUGGCUUGAUUUAGGGUCAAAACGUGCUCGACUAUAUUUGCAUUGUUGGUAGAAAUUAAUCUAUAUUAAAAUCCUAUUAUCAAAACGAUAGAUUUAAAAACAAGCGAGUCAAAACUAUUAAAUUUAUUGCACUAUAUUAUAAUACAUUUAAGGAACGUAUCAUUAAACCGAGACUUGAUGGCACAAUAUUUCGUGUUGUAACAUUAAACAUUAAAAUAUCAUCUUUUAUCUAAAUAUAUAAUAUUGUAAGAGAACUAUUUUAUAAUAAAACUGUAUUAAUUUUGUGGAAACUCAAUAAUAUAUUAUUCAGAUUAUCAAUCAUCA